UCUGCUUUCACUUUGCGCAUCAGUCGGGAAAGGCUCAGAGCAACAGGCUGAGGCUGCCCCAAGAUCUUUUUUUAUUUUUAUUAUCAUUAUUAUUUGUUUUUGUCAUCAUGCACAUUGUUUUUUAUUACUUUUUCACUGAGUAGGCUAGGCUUUGACUGCUGAAUAAAAAUAAAAAAAAAACAGUCCUGACUAUUAUUUGUAUGAAUAUUGGAGAGUAAUUGGCAUUGUGUAUCAGGGAUCUCACGGACGAAAUGCGCGCACAAGUCAACGCGGUAUUUUACGCGUGCGUGCACCUGUGUUUAUUCAGCUGCGUGCUCCAGAGCGCACGGUCUCAGCGGGACUCGGUGCCUCUCAGGCGGACCAUCCAGUGGCAGCAUGACGGCAGACUCUUCAGCAUCCUGAGUCAGGGCGCGCAGUACGUGCCUCCGUUAAAGAGACACGGAAACGGAGAUGGAGAGCAGCAGAAGGAGCAGCCGUCUCCGGUCAGACCGUUAACCGUGAUCAGCAGCGGCCAUGCGAGAAACACCGAACCGUCUGGGUCGCCCUCACGGGGAUCGCGCUGGUUGGCACUCAGGCGCGCCGUGACGCUGCGCGGCCGCGUGAACGACACCGCGCGCGCGGCUCCGGGGCCGGUUCCGUCUCCUCCUCCGUCUCCGCCGCCUCCGAGGACGGGAGAGGACGCCAUGGUAGGAGACGAUCCUUACAAUCCGUACAAGUACAGCGAACAGGAAAGCCCGUACUACAACUAUUAUGACGCGUAUGAAAGACCAAGUCCGAACCAGAGACCCGGAUACGGAACAAGGUACUUUCAGUACGGUUUGCCUGACCUUGUGCCAGAUCCAUACUACAUUCAGGCCUCCACCUACGUGCAAAGGGUGCCAAUGUAUAACCUCCGAUGUGCUGCUGAGGAGAACUGCCUCGCCAGCUCAGCAUACAGGUCGAGGGAUUAUGAUACUCGGAUGCUGCUGCGCUUCCCUCAGCGUGUGAAGAACCAGGGUACAUCUGACUUCCUGCCUAACCGGCCACGCUAUUCCUGGGAGUGGCACAGCUGCCAUCAGCAUUUCCACAGCAUGGACGAAUUCAGCCAUUACGAUCUGCUGGACGCCAGCACUCACUCCCGUGUGGCUGAGGGACACAAGGCCAGCUUCUGCCUGGAGGAUACAUCCUGCGACUAUGGCUAUUACAGGCGCUUUGCUUGUACUGCUCACACACAGGGUCUGAGCCCAGGAUGUUACGACACUUACAACGCCGACAUUGACUGCCAGUGGAUUGACAUUACAGACGUCAAACCUGGAAAUUACAUCCUCAAGAUAAGCGUGAACCCUGGUUUUAGUGUUCAAGAGUCUGACUACAGCAACAACAUUGUGCGGUGUGACCUUCGCUACACCGGCAACUAUGUCUACGCUUCAGGAUGUCAAUUGUCACCAUAUUAAAGGACGUUCAGGACGACUUCACGAACGUGGCUGAACAGAGGCGACUUUAAUGUUAGUAAGCCAUCAUGAAGAAAAGCAGUGGAUUUCCACAAGACCAAAUACGAUAUUUCUAAUACAAUCUCUUUGAAACUUAGCACAUAUUAAGAGAUGAAGCUUAGAUACGGUUCUAUUUUUUAUGUAUUUUCAUUUUUGUUAAAUGAAUUGAUAUUUCAUUUCAUUUUAUUUCAUUUCAAUAGACAUAUUUUAAUUAAGAUUAUAAAAUGUUUACAAAAAAUAGGAUGCUCCAGCUGAAGAUAAAACGGCCAUUUCAGUAGGAAGUGCUAUUCUCCUAUAGGGCCAUGUUUAACUCAGCUUUACAGUGAAGUAGAUUAAAGGUUCAGUCUGAUCCACACCGGACAACAGUCAGCUUUUUGACCAUGUCCGUGACGCUAUAUUUGUUUAUUCUGAGAACUUAUUUAACAAAUGCUCGUAUUACUGCAAGACAUGUAUAACAUGAAAAUGACUUGAAUAAAUAUUCAUUCUGA